AGCUGGUGAAGAGCAAUAGGUGGUCCCGGCAACAGGGUCGCAAUCAGAUGACAGCAGCACUUCCGCUGAGAGGGAAAAAUCUAUGCUAAUAUCAGUUUAUCUCGCUUCGUUCGUUCUUAUUCUCCCACAGGAAGAUGAACUGCGAACCUUCAGCGCAAUUUUUCUCCACUCCCUCAAUUUCCCCAUCUCAGAAACUGUCAUCUAGCCACGGGGAUUCCCCGACAGAACCGGAAGAAUAUGGGAAGAGAGGAGAAGACACAAGUACCAAGAGGUUUCCUUGGCUUGCAUCUAGUGAGGAAACAUCAGAGGAAGGCAUUUGUCAAGAUCUCCUCUUUGGUGAUCCCUAUGGGAUAUGCUUUUACAGUAGCAUCUUCGGUGAGAAGUGGACUACAAUCAAUGCUUGGAAUGCCAAAGACCUCCUUUGUAGCAAUGCUGACAGUGUUCAGUCAAACUCCAUGGAUGGACCACUAACAAGACCCAAAGGAGGUAGGACAAGAAACAGGGAUCAAGUGGCAGUGGUGUCCAAGACAAAGGAUCCCAUCAAUGCUAAACUGGAAGAUAUGGAGAUGGUGGCAGGAAAGCUCAGGCUUAACAACUAUUUCCAGUCUCACGAUGACCAUGUCUUCAAAUAUGAUUCAGGAGGCUCAUUUUUUGAGGUGCAGCUAGGAGAUGAAGUAGAAGUGUCAACUGAUGAGUCCUUCCUGAUUCCUGGAGGAAUGAAACCAUUGAAUCAGGCAAUCGAAGAUGACCCAGGUCCCAUCAUUGUCUCAACAUUGGAGGUUCCUGAGAGUGCACCAGAGGUCAUAAUCUCUGAUGACAACAGAUGUAAUGGAGAUGAUAAAGAGAACCUCCCAUUACAUCAAAUAGAUCUCACCAAACUGGAUACCAUCAGCCUGACCCAGGGAUCCAAUUUGGAACCAAAGCCCAAGCGGAUGCACCGACGAAUCUUUUUCACUGACGUCCAGUCAAGGUCCAAGCGUGCUCGGACAAAGUUUUUCCAAGUCAAAGAUAGCCUUCUCCCACCCACUAUCUUGUCCUCCUAUAAUUCCAUGCAUGAUCCCAUUGUCACCAGCAAUGGAAAUCUUUUUCCAUGCAAAUACUGUGCCAAGGUGUAUACAACAGCAUCAGCACGAAAUCGCCACAACAACAAAUAUCAUCAGGUGACUCCCAAAUAUCAAUGCUGUCAUUGUGAGUGGGUGUUUGAUCGAGCCAAGUAUCUCAAGAUCCACUACCGCACAUAUGCAACCUGCCAUGACUUUGCUGUUCAACAUGGCUUUCAUAUCAAGUACAUCACAUGA